AUGAGUGGAUCUGCCAAUCAGGUGAUGAUUUCAUCAACAAACAUACGAUGUCAUACAAGCUCAUGGCAAACUGGCAUUCGAAUCAAUACUGAUCAACACAUGCUACAGAUCGCUGAUUUAUAUGUUACCAACUGUUACAAAGGACUAGAUACAUAUGUAUACGGCCAUGCUACCGGGUCUGUCGCUAUAUAUAACAGCACUUUCAUCGAGAACUCAUACCGAGGAGCAAAUCUCUACAGUCAUCAAUAUUACUACAGCUACUUGCCUCAGACUCUACAACAAACUUCUCAGCUUCAAGUUUCUAAUUGCACGUUCUCUGGAACUACAGACACUGCACUUUAUGUUGAUUUUUAUGUCUAUGAUUCCAACUCAUACUCGGUUCACAUCAAUAUCACAGACAAUACGUUCCAACAAAAUUUGCAAGCACUUUUGCUUACACACGGAUAUCGUGACGGCUAUGCCAUCAUCGCUAGAAACAACUUUAUGAACAAUAAUGGAAAAUGCUGCUCGGGAGCAAUGGAUAUUAAUGACAAUUAUUAUUACAGCAGCUCAAUACACGCGCCAGUUAUAGUUGAAAACAACGUCUUCACAUACAACAGUGGAGAAUAUGUAGUGAGGUUGAAUACAAGAGCAUCAUUACACUCUUCUCAUCAACACGUUGACAGUUUGUUAAUAUUCAGAGAAAACGAACUGACAAAUAACUCUCUGUCAUCUCUCCCCACCAGAUAUGCAGAGUCUACUCCAAAUGCAGUAAUUGUCCUUACUGGUACAGGCUACAUGAGCGUCUACAAUAAUAUACUUGACAAUCAAAAUGCAAACACAGAGCUGGCGGUUCAAGUGGAGGGAUACUCAUCACUAGACACAAUGAACGUCACACUCAACUGGUGGGGAACGACAAAUGAAGAAAAAAUUGUAGAAAGAAUAUUUGAUUUUGAUGAUCGUAAUCACUUGGCAGUCGCUCAAUAUUUUCCGUUUCUUCUGUCUCCGUCCAUCUCUCAUGUUGCAUCAUCAAGUCAUCCGAGAUCGUAUCCUCCGUUUCUGAAUUACAACAGAGAAGUUGGAGGCCAACUGGAUACUGAUCUUACAUUAACUGCUUCCGGUGGACCUUACACUGUAACACGUGAUGUGACUGUGCUAGCAAACGCAACACUGACUGUAGAAGCGGGUGCCGUGCUGACUAUCUUGCCAUAUGUUGGAAUAUUGAUAGAAGGAAGGAUCUUGAGUAAAGGAACGCCUGACAAUCCCGUUACAUUUACUCACAUAGUAAAUGAUGCUAAAAACAAAUCAAAGUCUGAUACACAAUUACUAGUCCGUUUCUCUGAACCUGUUAGCUACUCUUGGUACGUAUACGGAAUUAUUGAGCUGCAACUCAACAGAUUGUGGUACCCACUUUGUUACAAUUCACAAUCGAUUGACUAUUGGUCAUUCGACCGCUUUGCGUUAUUGUCAUGCCAACAACUUACUUAUUGGAACAAGCAUUAUAACUGGUACCACGGGUGGUGGCAGGCUGAGUGGUUUCCUGCCCUCGGAGAUCCUAUUGUUCGUGAUUUCUGGUGUCCCGAAAGCGCAACGUCGUUUAAUAAUUGCACGUUCAACACAUCUAGCUACGCUCCUCAUUCGAAAUGUUUACAGGUUGUACAAGUUUAUUGCUUCUGUGAUCGCGCUCUAUGUUAUCGACAAUUGUCUCAAUUUACUCAAACCAAUUGGGCAGGUAUCCGCUUUGCACCAACCAGCACCGUCCCCAACUAUCCUUUCAAUCAGAAAACGCCACGAUCCGUUCUAAACCACACGGAAAUUAUAGGAGCAGGUCAUAGAUAUCACACGACAGUACCUUCUGUCCAAUCCAUAUUCCGUCCUCCACAAACCAAUGGAUUAACUAUCAAAGGCUCGGCAUCGGCGGCUAUGGAAGUGUCGCACUUACACGAAGAAGCUGUUAUCAGCGGGGUGACCAUUGUAGGUGCGGCUGGAGAUGGUUUGGUUAUCCUUAGACCACGUGGUAGUAGUCUGAUGGUAGAGUAUGUCACAGUCAAUGAUGUAGCAGGUGCAGGAAUACGCGUCUACGACUUUUGGUCUCUAUUGUCUGCCAACGUGGACUAUGAAUCCAUUUGCUCUGGACAAACUAUUAUAUCUGUAGACCCAGAAGAAGGAUCUUACGUUGGAAUGUCUCAAGACGAUCAUUUACCAGGAAUUACUUGCUCCGUUGUUAUGCAAGGUCCACCUAACACUAUACUCUCUGUUCGUCUUGUCAGUCUGAGACUUUACAGCGAUGAUACGCUUUACAUACGAGAUGGAGCUCAAUCCGCGAGCUCUCUUCUUGUUUCAUAUUCUGGAUACAGAACGAGUUCUAGUAACGCGCCAGUCUUGUCUUCCAGCAACAAUAUUUACAUACAAGUGACAACAGGCCAGAAGACGGGCGCUCCUGGAUUUGCUUUGUUUGUUGACGUCAUUCCUACUACUGGACAACAACCUGUUGUUAUCAUCAAGUCAAGUUCUAUUCAUAAUUCUCAGUAUGGUGUGUACUUUGAGAAUGCGUAUGAUGAUGCUCGAAUACAGAACGUCACAAUCAUGAACGUUCUCAAUGAUGGUGUGUAUGUUUACAGUCAUGAAGGUGAUGUGAUGGUUGAUAACUGUACUAUAGCUCAUACAAGAGGAAAUGGAGUGGAGUACAGGUAUGGAGACGGACAACAGAUUGUUACUAACAAUCGAAUUGUCAACGUUUCCACGGGAAUAUAUCUGUACUACACCCCUAACAAUUUCGGCUGUCACUCGACGUUGUCUAAAAAUUUUAUAUCACAGGCCAGAAAAAAUGCAGUUUUACAUAGGACAUACAGGAAUAGAAGACGUCAGUGCACUAUCGAUAUUUCAAACAAUUUCUUUGAGUCUAAUGAAGAAGGAGUUUAUCUGCAAAAUGACUACAACUCUAACGCGCCACUGCAACUGGAUUUCACCGUUUCCAAUAAUUUGUUCUCAAAUAACAGCGGCACAGACUUAUUCUUUUCAAGAAAUGGAGAUUGGAAUGGAAAAUUCAAUAUUUACUCCAACACGUUUGAACAACAUCGAGUUGGAAGUGGAGGAUGUUUGACGUUGCAAGGUUAUACGACUUCGUUGGUAUCAACUGGCAAUCUCUUCACACACAAUAGAGGAACUUAUGUUGUACGAAUAGAACCACAAACCCUCACCCAAUCUGACUUUGUAUUUACUAACAACACAAUGAUCAAUAACUACGUAACCGAAAGUGACACUUACCAUCGAGAUGGUCGCUCUGCCGUCCUGAUUGUGUCCACUUCAGAUCGUUUUCUAAUCAAAAAUAAUCAUUUUGAUAAUCCGAGAUCUCUGUUUGAGUUAGGAGUCGAGAUACCAGUUCAAAGCUCUCAAGAGCGAGUCAUCGAUGUGACAAACAAUUACUGGGGAACGACAGACGAGAACAUCAUUAUUGACCGCAUUCAUGACUUUGGUUACUGUUCUCGCUUAGCUUCUGCACAAUAUUUUCCUUUUCUCACUUCUAAAAACGGUCCUACAGCUUCCCCUUCCGUUUCUGCAACACUGGUUAUCACUCGUCCUAAUAGCAUCGUACGAGGGCGUGUGUCGAGCAACACAAUAUUAGCAGCUUCUGGUAGCCCGUACGUUGUUACUGGAGACAUCACCGUCUUACCUGGCAAUACACUAACCAUAGAAUCAGGAGUAGAACUGAAAUUCACUCACAAUACUGGAAUUCUAGUGGAAGGACAGCUCAUUGCUCAUGGCAACGACAAUUCUCCAAUAUUACUGAGAGAUGAUAGCUUUGCAAUUGGUGACUUGCAGCUAGAAGAGGGCAGUCUAAGACUCGUUGACGGUUCAUCUCAAUGGAGAGGAAGAGUGGAAAUAUUUCACAAUGGCAACUGGGGUCCAGUCUGCGCUGUGCAUAAUUACAGUGAUUGGUGGCAAUGGUGGGGAGACCAUGAUCAUUAUAACAGUCGAGUGAUAUGCCGAGAAUUAGGAUACUCUAACGCUAAUUGGCAAUGGCCUUACGUUGAUCCAACCCUAGAAACUUCGACUACCGCAGCGUGGCUAGAACAUGUAUUGUGUAGAGGAGACGAAGAGACUUUAAGACAAUGUAUCAAUUAUGAUCUAAAGAAAACUACCUGCCGCUACGGUCAAUUAGUGGCGUCAUGUUCCAGCCAAAACGUCGACGGUCAUUAUAAAACGCACAAAUCCGUUUAUCAUUGGACUGGAGUUCGAUUCUCUGCUCAAGCGUCAGGCAAAUCUUCAAUGAGAAAUGUGAUUAUUAGUAAUGCAGGAAUAGCAAACGCAGGUCAUAUAGCUGCCGUUCAAAAUGUUGGAGCAAACGUUGAGUUAUUCAACGUCGUCGUCAAUAAGAGCGCGUGGACUGGAAUAGAAGUUAGUCAUUCCCCCUAUAUCAACAUAUCUCAACUGACGGUGGAAGGGAGCGAUGGUAAUGGAGUCGAACUGAUCAAUACGGCUGCUAGUUCUAUUACACACUUGACAAGCAACAACAAUGUCGGUCAUGGUCUGGUGAUAAGAGUCGAUAGUGUUUUACAAAGGAUGUGGGAUAUUCCUGUCUUACAUAAACAAAUAGUUGAUAUCUGCUCAGUGUCCAAACUCUCGGCUGCUUCCUCGUUUUUCCUCAGAUUCAUAGCUACGCCUAUUUCGAGAGGUUACUCCAUCCAAUCUUGCUCUGCAACAAUUGACGCCACUUCUCAACACGUCAUCUCGGUUCACAUCAUGGCUAUACGGUUUCAAGAACCGAACUCAAACGUUACCAUCAACCAACAGAAUGUUUUCCGGUGGAAUCGACUAGAACCCAACUAUCCUCUCCACUACACUUCACAAUCUCAAACCAUUACAGUUGACGUAAGAGCAGAAUUUACCGACGAAAGACAUACGUUAGAAGACAACUACUUUCUUGCUUACAUACAGCAGCAUCCCACAGGUUAG